GAGAUCUCCAACCGAUUCUUUUGGGCUCUUCUGGUCGCGGGCAAAAGAAGUGAAGAACCCUAACUCGAUAUGUAUAAAAACCCCUAAACCUAGCUCUGGCGCUCCCUCGAUCCCUCCCGCCAUUAAAGCUGGGCAGAGUACGGACCGAAGCAUCUCCUCUUUUUGACCGUAGUGCAGCAUCCGAGUUGGAGAGCAGAAGGGAGUACUCAAGCUCCAAACUCCGCCUUGUGAUCUCUCCGUAGGAGAAAGAGAGCAGAGAAGGGGUCGGAAGAGCUGCAACAACGGGGGACAAUGCGAAGAAAACGAGGCUCUGAAGACGGACUGGCUCGAAGUAUCUCCCAACUUGACUCCGAGGCCUCGGCAACCAGCGGCAUUUGAAAGCGGACCCGAGAUUGCUUCAAAAAAACGUUGAAAGCCGGCGUCUUUGCAGUCCAUCCGAGCUCGGAAGAGACGAGAACCCCAAAGAAGUGUGCUUUUCUUCUGUUCGGUCGGUGGGAGCGAGAAGAGCAAGAGGAAGCGAGAAGGGAAAGGAAAGUAUUAUAUUAGAGCAAGAGGAAGCAAUUUUUUCUUAAUAAUUGCAGCGUAUCUGGAGAUACUAAUGAAUUCUAUUCAGCUGGUUGCCUGCUUCGGAAAGGCGCGAUGUCUCGAAUAUUUGCUCCCCUCCAUACGCUGCAAUCCAAUGAGGAGAGAGAUUUCUAUGCUAUAUUCUCUCUCUCGUCGCACCCCCUCGGCUUUGCUCCCUUGGUCUUUUUUUUAAUCGGAGAGCUGGAGAGCGUGCUCUGGUUUUGUCCCCAAUCCCCCACGGCAGCGCGGUUCCCAACCGGACAUGCCCGAGCUCGGCCGAGUUUUUUAAUCCAAGGGACAGAAGAGAAGAACGGGGGUCUCUCAUUCCCUUCUCUUCUUUUGAGAAGGUCUCAGACCACGCCUUCGAGCCAGGAGUAAGAAUCCCAGUCCACCAUCUUUUCUUCUUUAAUUUCCUUUAUCGCAGAGCUCGCAGAUCAAUGACCGAAUGAUAGCAGUAGUUGUGGUAGCAGUAACAGGAGCAUAGAAUGCUACGAGUCUCCCUUCGGUGCAGUGGAAAGGAGUGAAGGCUCUUAAAAGGUCGGAUUUCUCUGUCGGACGAGGUUGAUUUGAGAGGAAGGAGGAAGAGGGUGAAGCUGGGACUGGGUUGAGAUGGUUGCGGGAGCGGCGGCGGCUGGGGGGAGGAGGAGGUGGUGGCUGAACCGGACGGCGAUGGUGGUGGUGUGGGUGGUGGUCUCGGUGGGGAUCUGGGUGGGGCUCCAUUGGUACAUCCGGACGGUGAGCAUGAGGAAGGCUGAGGAGGCGCUGGAGAGCAUGUGUGAAGAGCGGGCAAGGAUGCUGCAAGACCAGUUCGCCGUGAGCGUCAACCAUGUCCAUGCUCUCGCGAUCCUUGUCUCCACCUUCCACUACCGGAAGCAGCCAUCUGCAAUUGAUCAGGAGACAUUUGCCUAUUACACGGCCAAGACAGCGUUUGAGCGGCCGUUGUUGAAUGGGGUGGCAUAUGCCCAGCGGGUUGUUCAUGCUGAAAGAGGGAAGUUUGAGAGUCAGCAAGGGUGGACGAUCAAGACAAUGAAACAGGAGCCAUCACCAGUGCAAGAUGAGUAUGCCCCUGUGAUAUUCUCUCAGAAGACUGUCUCCUAUAUUGAGGCCCUCGAUAUGAUGUCUGGAGAGGAGGACCGAGAAAAUAUCCUACGGGCUAGGGCUACUGGCAAGGCUGUUCUUACGAACCCAUUUAGGCUGCUUGGGUCCAACCAUCUGGGUGUGGUUCUCACAUUUCCUGUGUACCGUGCGGGUCUUCCUGCAGAUGCAACUGUAGCACAACGUGUAGAAGCAACUGCAGGAUAUCUUGGUGGCGCCUUUGAUGUUGAGUCACUUGUGGAAAAUUUGCUGAGGCAACUUGCUGGUAAUCAAGAUAUAAUGGUGAAUGUGUAUGAUGUCACUAACACAUCAGAGCCCUUGAUUAUGUAUGGGCCCCAAAAUCCGGAUGGAUAUAUGCCACUUUCACAUGUCAGCAUGCUUGAUUUUGGAGAUCCAUUCAGGAAGCAUCAAAUGAUGUGCAGGUACAGUCAGAAGCCUCCCAUUCCAUUGUCAGCCAUUACUACCCCAUCUGGUGUCUUUGUAAUCUGUAUGCUAGCAGGGUAUAUAUUAUAUGCUGCUUGGAAUCGCUAUGACAAUGUCAAGGAGGAUUGUCGAAAGAUGGAAGAGCUAAAAGUCCAAGCAGAGGCUGCCGAUGUGGCUAAAUCUCAGUUUCUUGCUACUGUUUCACAUGAGAUAAGAACACCCAUGAAUGGCGUCCUUGGAAUGCUGGACAUGCUUUUAGACACAGACCUGAAUUUAACUCAAAAGGAUUAUGCCCAAACUGCUCAAAUAUGUGGAAAGGCAUUGAUAGCAUUGAUUAAUGAAGUGCUUGACCGAGCGAAAAUUGAAGCUGGGAAGUUAGAGAUUGAGGCAGUGCCAUUUGAACUGCGGUCCAUCCUAGAUGAUGUUCUCUCUUUAUUUUCUUCAAAGUCAAGAGAGAAGGGUAUUGAGCUUGCUGUCUUUGUAUCACAUAAAGUUCCGGAAAUUGUCACAGGUGAUCCAGGGAGAUUUAGACAGAUAAUUACCAAUCUUGUUGGAAAUUCAGUUAAAUUUACUGAACGUGGCCACAUUUUUGUUCAAGUUCAUUUGAUUGAGAAUGCAAAUAAGGUGAUGGAUGCAAAAGUUGAUACAGAUUUGAAUGGAUGUUUAAGUGAUAUGAUGGUUCCAUCUGAUGGCACAUUCAACACUUUAAGUGGUCUAGAAGCUGCUGAUAGAAGGAACAGUUGGGAAAAUUUUAAGCUGCUAGUUUCCAAUGAGAUGCCCCAGUCAGACAAAUGCAAAAAUGGGAUGCCCUGCGGUAUGAAUUCUGGUAAUGUAACUCUGAUGGUAAGUGUUGAGGAUACUGGGAUUGGCAUCCCACUACAAGCCCAGGAUCGGGUUUUCACACCUUUUAUGCAGGCUGACAGUUCAACAUCUAGGAAUUAUGGUGGAACAGGUAUCGGCUUGAGUAUCAGUAAAUGUCUGGUUGAACUGAUGGGUGGGCAGAUAAACUUCAUUAGCCGCCCUAAUGUUGGAAGCACAUUCACAUUUACUGCCAUAUUCCAACGAUGCAAGAAAAGUGCAGGAGGUGAUCCAAAGAGAACUCUUUCUGAGUCCUUACCUACUGGUUUCAAAGGAAUGAAAGCAUUUCUAGUUGAUGCUAGACCAGUCAGAAGCGCUGUAACAAAAUACCAUCUACAGAGGUUAGGAAUAACUGUUGAAGUUGCAAGUACAAUCAAGAUGGCACUUAAUGCAUUAUCUGGACAAAAUGGCUGUUUAAGAUCUGGAAAGCGUCCAUACAUACUGUUAAUUGAGAAAGACUCCUGGACUCCUGGAAUGGACGUCUACUUACAUGAUCAGCUACUGGAGUGGAAACAGUGUGGUCAGAUACCUGAAGUGCCCAAGGUCAUCCUUUUGGUGACCUCUGAAUCUGAUAAGGCAAAGGCUGGGUCCUUUGUUGAUACAGUGAUCAUGAAGCCCCUACGAGCAAGCACCGUGGCAGCAUGCCUUCAACAUGCACUGGGAAUGGGGAAGCAACAGAGGAAAGAAAUGCCCAAUGGAUCAGCUUUUCUUCACAGCCUACUAGCUGGGAAAAACAUACUGGUGGUUGAUGAUAACAAAGUAAAUCUUAGAGUUGCUGCAGGUGCUCUCAAAAAGUAUGGGGCAAAGGUGGAAUGUGCUGAAAGUGGGAAAGAUGCUCUUUCCCUCCUCCAACUGCCACACAACUUUGAUGCCUGCUUCAUGGAUGUUCAGAUGCCAGAAAUGGAUGGAUUUGAAGCAACUCGACAAAUUCGCCUAAUGGAGAGCAAAGCAAAUGAGGAAGUUAAAUGUGGAGAAACUUAUGAAGGUUCUGAAAGGGCUGAGUGGCACCUGCCAAUUCUGGCUAUGACUGCUGAUGUCAUUCAGGCAACAUAUGAAGAAUGCAUGAAAUGUGGAAUGGAUGGUUAUGUCUCCAAGCCCUUUGAAGAACAGCAACUUUAUCAGGCAGUUGCCAAGUUCUUGGUAUCCAAACCCAAUUCAGACUUAUGAAUAUGUACCAUUGUAAAGACAGGUGGAAUAUCCUGCAUGUUGCAACUCAAUAUUACUGCUACCGAAGUGAAGGGUGAUGGUCCAGCCCUGCUGAUGCUUUCUGCUUAUGGCUUCUAUCUUAAUGACUGCUGAUUUAUCUGAGCAAAUUCAGUCAGACCUAACAUGAUGUUCUUCGGUUUGCAUUUUGCACGCUUGCCUUUCUGCAGUAGCUGAGUCUCCUGAAGUUUCGGCAAAAGAUGCUUGGGACCUUUGUACAUUAUUGACUUUGAUGAUAUACAAGGAUCUGUAGCGUAAGAAGGGUCUGGAGAUAUAUUGGUUAGGUGGAAAGCUUCUGUUGUCUGAAAGGAUGGUGUAUACUGUAUAUUUCUCUGAUUUUAUUCUUUAAAGUCUCUCUGAAGCAUGUAUCUUGUCCCUUUUUUUCUGUAUCUUUUUGACUCUCCAUAAUUUUUGCGACAUACUUGGAAAGUAUGUUAUGACAACUACACCGAUAAAGGCUUCUGGCCUUCCCUUAUUGUCUGAUCUACUCUAGUUUACUAAAGCUGCAGUGAGCACUUUUGAAACUGUC